AAAUCCAGUAUCAGCAGUUAUUUACAGGAAUCAUGAACCCAUUUCAUAAGCUCAGGCAUUUGGCUGCCCUGGGAAAAUGUUGGUUUAAAACACAGACCAAGAACCCACAGAGGAGAAGCUGUCACUGUGUCCUUGGUACAAAUCAUCUCUACCCCCAGGACAAGACAGUACAGCACAUACUGGCCAGUCUCAGCUUUGUGGUGUCAGGCAGGUGAGAAGGGAUCACAGGGGGACAGGUUCAGCUGGUUGCUCCCUCCCUGCUAGGCUGGCUCUGAGUUGAGCAUGAUUCACACAGUCCCUUCCCCACAGCAGCUUCCCAGCCAGCACACCAAGGGGCAAGGGCUGCAGUGACUCUCCAGACUCCAGAUGCAGCACAAGGUGAGCCCACUGACCUGUGAACCCACCACCCUGCUGGCACCUCACAUCUCUGCUGCCCACUGGGACUGUGCUGUGCUCACAUGACCCUCCUGCCAGGACUGCCACACUGCUGCCCACACCACCUCUCUCUUCCCUGAGUGGCAGCAGAUGGGGAUUGAUGGUGACCUCCAGUGACAUGUACCCUGUUCAAGCACAAAGGACUGUGGGGCUGAGGUCCAGAACAGUGAGUGUUUUUAUGUCUUGUCCUUCAGAUAUAUGUAGGGCUGCCCCUCUCCUGAGGCAGUGUGUCCUGCAGGGACAAGCCAAGGACCCCCAGGCUGUCUACCAAAUCCAAAGCAAAGAGGUUAGAGUACCUGUGCAGCUCGUUCCAUAUGUUAUGACACUUGUGAGACCCUGAUGCUGUUCAAGUAGCUCUGGUAGCUAGAAAAACAAAAAUGUAUUUCGUUGGGGUUCCCAAAAAGAGAAAAUCACAUCUCUCUUGCUAUGACUGUCCCAAGUCUGUGGGACCCCUCUGAAUAUGUUUGAUCUUGCUCCUGUGAUUGCAUAUCAGCACAGACACUUCUCAAGCUGUACUAGUUGGAACCUGGAUGGUGAGCAGCAGCCAUGGCUGGGGACUCAGCUGCAGGAGGCAGUGGGUCUAGGGUGCCCCUUGUGACUUGCCAGAAACAUGCUGCUCUCUUGCCAAGAGCAAACAUCGUCAUCCUCACAAAUGGUUAACCUGCCGGGAGCUGCACAGCACUAAUGACUUCACAUUCAUUUAAUCAGCUUGGGCUUCCAGAGCCUCCACCUCAGGAGCAGGGAAGGCCGUGCACCCAGGCACUUGGGGUACAAAGGCUCCCAGAGCUGCACCCCUGCCUUACCAAUCAUUAAUCACCCCAGGAGAAGGAGCACGCGGCAAGCAGGAAAAGGCCGGGUGUCCACAGCCCCCACGGGAGCAGCAGGAAGCAGCGCUGACCGGUUCCCUGGGGUGGCAGCUCAUUCUCUGACCACCCUCCCCUGGGAGGCCCUGUGGAGGUGGCCAGUCCUGCACACUGCCCUUUCCUUCAGGAAGGUCACUCAGUCCAGGGAACGAGAGGCUCUGCCUGUUUCUGGGAGCCGCUGGGCUACGUGUGAGGUGAGGGUUUUGAAGAGGAGUUUCUGUCUGGCUGUACCGCAGUCUUCAUCUCUUCGCCAUGCAGCACAAGGCAUUUUGGAGCGUCCUGGAGUAUACCUGCCGAUUGCUGGGCAUCUCCACUGCAGCAGUGCUGAUCGGUGUGGGUGUAGAAACUCUGCAGCGAGGACAGUUCAAAAGCCUGGCUUUCUACCUGCUUUUUUCAGGGGUUGCAGUUACUGUCUGUGAAGGCUUCUUCUUUAUCAGUUUGUUCCUGGAGAUGUGCUUCACUCACAAGCCUGAAUCCCUGUCACAGGCCUGCUGGAAGCGAGCUAGAUGCCCAGGGAGCUUCCAGAAAUUCCUGGGGUACACGCUGCUCUCAGUGGCUUGCUUCCUGCAUCCCGUCCUCGUCUGGCAUGUCACCAUCCCUGGGUCCAUGCUGGUGCUCACUGCCCUGGCCUACUUCCUGCUGAGCAAGAGGAGGAAGAGCCCAGGGCACAAAGAGACACAUCCCCAGGGAGGUCAGUACGUGGACCCUUCAGCAACUGAGGCAGCCCCAACCAUCAUUGGUGACACUGAGCAGACCUACACCUUCCACGAAGCCCAGAGGGAGCAGCACCGCUCGCUUCUGGGCCAUAUGAAGAGCAUCCUGAAGGGCAGCAAGGACAGGAGCUCAGCCCCAGAAACUCCUGUCCAGCCAGCAGCCGUGCCAGUCCCUCGCAAGCAAGUGCACUUUCAGGAGAAGGUGGUGCAGAUCAUCCCCUCUGUCAGCGAGAGCUUGGAGGAUGUGGAGAGUGAGGCUGAGGAGACCACAUCGGACACAACACCCAUCCUCACCCCACCUGAUGCCCCCAUCAUCAUCGCCCCUCUCAGCUCUGCUGGCCUCUUUUGAGCCCGCAGCAGGAAUGAGGACAGGACAGACCUGCCACCCUGGAACAGAUGCUCCAGCAGCCACAGGGCCCCAGGAGGGGGCCCUUUUUUGCCUUCCGUACUUUCGGGGUGACUCUCCAAGGGGCUGCCUGCACUCCCUGGUCCCACGCACUGUGGCAGGCCCAGGGGACAGGCGGUGGCUCAGCCAGGGCAGCGCCAGCACAGCGAGCGUUCUGCUGCCAAGGCCUCACACUUGUGUCACCCCUGCUGAGCACCGCACACCACUGCGGUGCUCCUGCCCGACACCACAGCCGUGCUGUGCCCCUCUUCUGGCAGCAACAGGCGGGAGGAGAGGAGACCUCGGUGCCCCGGAGCAGCCUCUGCUGGGGCCCCCGUGUGCCUCUGGCCCUCAGAGCUCAUUGCAGAGCUCAGGGCUGGGCCGCAUCCAGCGCAGGGCGCUGCAGCCCGCAGCUUCCCUCACAGCGCCUGCACCCGCUGCAGCAGCUUGAGACGUGCAAAACCUGUUUCCGAGCUGGGCUGAGACCAAGCAUACCCCUGGCAUUAGCACCUAUUAGUACCUCCCCAGGCACUCUCUGAGCCCAGCAGGGAAAUCAUCUCCGGCCUUGGAGACACCUAAGCAGGAGCAGAGGCCUUCAGGUGUCCUCUGCUUGGACAGCCCUCUUGAAUUAGAAGAAUUUUGGGAUGAUAUGGCAGCCCAGGUCCUGAGGUUCAGCAGCACGCUGGCACAGCAGACUGUGUGUGACUCCAAUGUGUGUAAUUAUGGCCCCCAGAGGGCAAAGGCAAUAAUAAAAUUACCAUACUGUCCCACCCGUUUCUUC